AUGGCUGGUGGUUUCCUUGCGUACCACGAACCUGGUAUCGUCGAGAUCUUAAUUAUUAUCUCAUUCUUUUUCUUCCUAUCUUUGGCUGAAUAUGUCUCUGCCAAAAUAAUUCGUGCGGGAAUCAUUGGACAAAUAGCAGUCGGAAUUAUCUAUGGAAAGCCUCUAGCCGACAUUCUGGAAAAACCAUGGCAGGAAACGUUCCUCGCCGUUGGCUAUGUUGGUUUGAUCUUGAUCAUCUUCGAGGGCGGUCUCACUGUGCGGCUUGACCUUAUGAAACAAAACUUCCUUGUCAGUUGUCUGGGAGCUGCAACAGGAGUUUGUUUUCCCAUUGGGCUUUCUUAUCUACUGCUAUAUCUUGGAUAUGGAUAUGGCGCGGUCGAGACAUUCAUCAUGGGAGCCGCAUUAUCUGCGACUUCCCUAGGAACCACUUUUGCUGUGAUUUCUUCUGCUGCCAAGUCCAUAGAUCUUUCUCAGACUAGAGUUGGCUCAAUUCUUGUCAGUGCGGCUGUGAUUGAUGAUGUCGUGGGCCUUGUUCUGUCCAGCAUUAUCAGUCAAUUGCGCGAGCUCUCCGGUCCCGGGGCAGGCCAUGUCAAUCUUGGCUGGAUAAUUGGUCGUCCAAUUGUGGCUUCUUUUGCCAUGGCUAUUCUCACCCCUAUCCUAACAAAAUGGUUCUUUGCGCCUGUGUUCCGACGAUGGAUUGAACACUCUUUUGCAAAAUACGACCACAUCUCUAAUAUCACCUUGAUGGUCUUGGUACUAUCCGCAUUCAUCAGUAUCGCUGCAUAUGCGGGCACCUCUGUCCUUUUCGGGGCUUUUCUUGCUGGUACUUUCCUCACCUACUUGCCGAGCAAGCACCCCGAAGGCCCGUUCGUUGUUUUGAAUCGUGAAGAAGGUGAACGCGAAGCCGACAAAAGCCCUACCUUCGUCCAUACUUUUGAGUGCUAUUUACUGGAUGUUCAGAAGUAUCUCAUGGAGCCCCUGUUCUUUGCUAGUAUUGGAUUUGCAAUUCCAUUUGUGUCGCUGUGGACAGGGGAAAGGAUAUGGAAAGGCAUCUUAUACACACUUCUUAUGAUGUUUGCCAAGUUCGUGGUUGGGAUAUGGGUUCCUCUUUGGAAGUUCCUAACACCAUCAAAGACACAACAAGGUCCCAAAGAGAAGGUAAACUCCCGCAAGCAAGCAGACAACUCCCCUGAAGCCGAGAAUAGCAAAGGCGGUUACGGUGCCGCGUCGCUUGCUGGAUUACUCCUCGGCUCAGCCAUGGUGGCGCGUGGUGAGAUUGGCCUUUUGAUUAUUGAGAUUGGCUACAAUGAAACAUCAUAUGUGAGCGAGGAGGGGUUCAUUACUGCCAUCUGGGCUAUCCUGCUCAAUACCAUUGUCGGACCUGUCGUCGUGGGUUGCCUUGUCAAAUUCUAUGGCAAGAAGAUUGGAGAGGGUGAAUGGGGAUUACAGCGGACAGCAACAACGCGAACAGAAGAGGGCCAUGUAGUAUGA